AUGGACAUCCCAAAAUUGACAUUCAACCCGCCUUCGGGUGACGCCAUCACCCCCCCGACCUCGCGCUUCGCCGACCGCGCCAGCCCCAAGAUGGCCUUCUCCACGCUCCAAGUCGCGCCUCAGCUCAACGGCAGCGUGGCGCCGAGCCUGUCAUCCCUCUCCUUUGACUUCACCACGCCAACCAAGGCCGAUGCCUCGCCCAAGUCAAAGUCCACUACCAAGAGGCAUGCUCCCAAGUUGACCUCCUUUGCGCUUGCCUCCCCCUCCAAAAAGUCCAGCACGGCAGAGACCCCGAGGCCAACCAAGGCCACCUCGGCCACCAGAACCCCCUCCCCCAAAAAGGUCUCCUUCGCCGACGACAGCUUUACCUCCUUGACCGCCUCCACACCCAAGCACUUUUGCGCGUCCACGCCAAAACUGGCCCGUGGUCUUUCACCAAAGUCCAGCCCCUCCAAGCCGGCAUUCUCUGACUUUUCUGUCAUGUCAAUAACCUCGCCGACAACACCCCAGCUUACUCACGAUCAGUUCGACUCAAACCAGGGACAACCCGCGACCUGUGCCGCCCUUCUGUCGCUCUCCGAGAUUCGAGAGCUGGAUCUCGAGCAAGGCGGUGUAUUCGAGUCCCCGUCAAAGGUCGACACGACGAUGCAUGACAUUACUAUGCUGUCUGACAUUACCGCCGCGUCGCCGAGAAAGCCUCAAGCAUACACCCUCGCAUCCGUCGCGCUUUCGGAAAUGGCCAAGAAACUCUGGUGA